AUGGCAUGCUUUGGGCUCUAUUGUGGGAAGACUCUAUUGUUUAAAAACAGCUCAACUGAAAUAUAUGGAGAGUGUGGGGCAUGCCCAAGAGGGCAGAGGACAAAUGAGCAGAAAUACUGUCAGCCUUGCACGGAGUCCCCGGAACUUUAUGACUGGCUUUACCUUGGAUUCAUGGCAAUGCUUCCUCUCGUUUCCCAUUGGAUCUGCAUUGAACGGAAAUUAAAGAAUGGUAUUUCCAGAGGUGUGCUUUUCCAACAAGUCUCUGCGUUAUUUGAAUGCAGUAUGGCAGCUGUGGUCACAUUACUUGUGAAUGAUCCCGCCGGCACCCUUUCCAUCCACUCAUGCCGAGUGCUGAUGCUUUCGGACUGGUACACGAUGCUCUACAAUCCAAGUCCAGAUUACAUCACCACCCUGCACUGCACUCAAGAAGCCGUCUACCCACUGUACACCAUUGUGUUUGUUUAUUAUGCUUUCUGCUUACUAUUCAUGAUGUUGCUCCGACCACUACUGGUGAAGAUGCAGUGGCACCUAUACAUGCCAAAUCAGUUUGGAAGCAUUUACACCGCCCUCUACUUCUUCCCGGUUUUGACAGUACUACAAGCAGUUGCAGGAGGCCUCUUGUAUUAUGCCUUCCCUUACAUCGUCUUGGUGGUAUCUUUGGUUAAUCUGGCUGUGUACCUGGUUUUUGCCAAAAUAGAGAGCUGCAGUGAUCUGAUAAGAAAGGACAGACUGCUAGUCCUCUUCAGCCACUGGUUUCUUCAUGCCUAUGGCUUAAUCGCCCUCUCCAGAGGGGAGCAACUUGAGCAAAAUCUGAUGCUUUUAAUUUUGGUACCUGCCCCAGCCCUCUUUUACUUGCUCACCACCAAGUUUACCAAACCAUCACGGAUAAUCUCAGAAGGAGCCAAAAGACACCGAACAUAA